AUGGGGGAUCAUAGCUUCCUUGUGAUCUUUUCACCCUUGUUGCUUCUCAUAAUUUGUGCACAAACAGGCUCAGCUCAACUUAGUCCUAGCUUCUAUAAAAGCACAUGCCCCAAUGUGGAAUGGUUGGUUCGUUCUGCUGUGGAGUUGAAGUUUCAGCAGACCUUUGUGACUGCUCCUGCCACUCUUAGACUCUUCUUCCAUGAUUGCUUUGUGAGGGGUUGUGAUGCUUCCAUUUUGCUUGCAUAUCCAAAUAAUAAGGUUGAGAAAGAUCACCCUGAUGACAUUUCACUAGCUGGGGAUGGCUUUGAUACUGUGGCUAAAGCCAAGGCAGCUGUUGAUAGUGACUCUCAGUGCAGAAACAAAGUCUCUUGUGCUGAUAUUCUUGCUCUGGCUACUAGAGAUGUGAUAAAUUUGGCUGGGGGACCAUUUUAUAAAGUUGAACUGGGAAGGCGUGAUGGCAGAAUAUCUACUCUUUCCAGUGUUCAACACUCUCUUCCUCAACCUCAUUUCAAUUUAGACCAGCUCAAUUCAAUGUUUUCCUCCCAUGGCCUCACACAGACAGAUAUGAUUGCCUUAUCAGGUGCACAUACAAUUGGAUUCUCUCACUGCAAUCAAUUCUCAAAACGGAUCUACAACUUCAGCCCCCCUAAACUAAUUGACCCAACAUUAAACUUACAAUAUGCCUUCCAACUGAGACAGGCAUGCCCUCUUAGAGUUGAUUCAAGAAUUGCCAUAAACAUGGACCCUGUGACACCCCAAAAGUUUGACAACCAAUACUUCAAGAAUCUCCAGCAAGGAAAGGGGUUAUUCACUUCUGAUCAGGUCCUGGCUACAGAUGAAAGGUCAAGGGGCACAGUCAACUUAUUUGCAUCAAAUGAAGGAGCUUUCAACAAUGCUUUUGUUCAAGCCAUUACUAAGAUGGGAAGAAUAGGUGUUCUAACUGGAAGACAUGGGGAAAUAAGGUCUGAUUGCUUCAGGGUGAACUGA